AUGGGCACGCCCCAGGUCCAGCAGACGGAGCGAAUCAUCUUGCCGGGCAAGCCUGGGGAGAACGACGAGAUCUUUCACAUUACCCGGGGUAAGAUCCCUGCAGAGCUAAAGCCUCUUCUGAGCCAGCCUUUCACCGAGGAGGAGAAGGAGAGGAUCUACAGCCAGGUCGGGCUCACCCGGGCCGAACAUGUGCCGGAGUCUGCCCGCCCGAAGGCGCUGUGGAUUUUUGGCCCUCCGGCUGCGGGAAAGAGCACGCUGGCUGCGGAGGCGGCUGCAGAGCGCUUCGGCCAGGCAAUGAAUGCCGUGAGUGUCGAUGGCAAUGAGAUCCGGGACGCUCACGACGGCUUCCGUCGCGUCGCAGAACACGGCUUCGAUCACCAUGUGCUCCAUAAAGAUGCCUGGGAUGCGCUGAAGGCCACUGCAAACCUUCCCCCAUCAGAGCCACAACAGUGA